AUGAAGAGUAUUUUGGUUCUUAUUUUCUUGUCCGCUCUUUCCGGGACACGGGCUUUUCUUGGCCCAGAUGUUCCUGGAAUUUUUCGGGCAUCUCAAAUUGUGCCAAAUGUAAUUCCAGUGGCUCCUGAGCAUCAACUAGAAGUUAUUUAUAGUAUUUUCAAUCGGGUUUCUCUGGGAGAAGAACUCACUCCCACAUCUGUGAGGAAUCUUCCGAGUGUGGUAAAAUGCCUAUUUUGCGGAGUGAGACUUACUGGCUUCUACAGCCUCGUGAUGAUCGAUCCUGAUGCUCCAAGCCGAGAUAAUCCCUUUGAGGCAAACUUCUUGCAUUUCAUGGCAGUCAAUAUUCCCGGACACCGUUUAGCCUACGGAUUGCACAUGGGAGAAACUGUGGCUGAAUAUGUUGGAGCCGGUCCUGCCCAGAGUACUGGCUACCAUCGUUACAUCUUCCUGCUCUAUCAUCAACCCAAUGGAAGAACUCUUUUCAACGAACCCCGAAUUCCCAGCACAAAUGCAUCCCUGAGACGAAACUUCGCUCUGGAUUCCUUCGUAGCCAGGUAUGGGCUUGAGUUGGUGGCCGGAAACUUCUUCCAGGCCGCCUAUGACUCUUCAGUGCCCGCCUGGAACGACCAAUUUGUCGAUUAAUCACGCUUUUGCGAUAGAAAUAAAAGCCCAAUUUUGCA